AUGUCGCAUACAUCAACGGUAGCGAGCGCUGUAUUCACCACUCUCGUCAAGGCUGCCGGAAAUGAUGACCAUCCUCGGCGCUGGGGAGACCAGACAAAGGAUUCACGAGAUCUAUACACUCAGUUUGUGAUAAGUUCUGCCCUUGGGCUGGGCGCAUUCCUCUCAUUUUGUAUUCUAAGGCCUAAAUGGACGGAGCUCUACGCCGCUCGGAGGCGGCAACGUUGCGCAGCGUCGGCUCUACCGGAAUUGCCAGAUAGCUUCUUCGGGUGGAUUCCAGUGCUAUUCAGAAUCACCGAGGAGGAGGUCUUGCAUUCUGCAGGCCUAGAUGCAUACGUGUUUCUCUCCUUUUUCAAGUUUGCUAUCAAGCUUUUGCUCUACAUCUUCUUUUUUGCCGUUACCGUGAUCCUUCCGCUUCAUUACAAAUAUACUGGGAAAUACGGUGUGCCUGAUUGGGACGACUUCCGGCCUCCGCGCAAUGACUCAAUGAGCAUGAUCGGCUCGCUCGGCAAGGAUGACGACAAAGACAAAUUGGUGACCGACCCUGGGUAUAUCUGGAUUUACGUACUCUUUCCAUACAUAUUCAGCGGUCUGGCGAUAUACCUUCUACUCCAAGAAACCAACAAAAUCAUUCGCACCCGGCAGUCCUACCUUGGAAACCAAACAACAACCACCGAUCGCACUGUACGACUUUCGGGCAUUCCUUCGGAAUUGAUCAGCGAAGACAAAAUCAAAGACUUUGUUGAGGGCCUUCGUGUUGGAAAAGUGGAGUCCGUCACACUCUGUAGGAAAUGGGGCGAGCUGGACCAACUGAUUGAUGAGCGGAUGAACGUCCUCCGCAAAUUGGAACGAGCCUGGACAAAGUACCUUGGUUACAAACGCCCAAGAGCGGAUGAAAAUACGUUGCCUCUCACACGUCAGCCUCAGUAUACACGAGCACGACUUAGCCUGGAGGUCGACGACGAGAAUGCGCGAUUGCUGGACGGUGCCGACCACGGCCACGGGAUGGACUAUGCCCAGACAAGACCAAAGACCCGAAUCUGGUACGGUCCUCUCAAGCUACGUUACCGAUUGGUCGAUGAGAUUGAUUAUUACGAGGAAAAGCUGCGCAAAAUUGAUGAGAAGGUCACGCACGCCCGGACUAAGGAGUUUCCACCGACCGAGAUUGCCUUUGUGACGAUGGAAUCGAUCGCUGCGUCGCAGAUGCUCGCGCAGGCAACCCUCGACCCGCACCCAAUGCAGAUGUUUGCCAGACUCGCACCUGCGCCCGCAGAUAUCGUGUGGAAGAAUACCUAUCUCUCGCGUUCUCGACGAAUGACGCAGGCAUGGUCAAUAACCAUCAUUAUUGGACUUUUUACUGUGUUCUGGUCGAUUCUUCUACUUCCAAUCGCAGGUCUGCUCGAGUUGGACACUCUACGCAGGUUCAUUCCAGCACUUGCGGAAACAUUGGCCGACCACCCUAUUUUGAAGUCCUUGGUAUCAACCGGUUUGCCUACCUUGGCCUUUUCUUUGUUGACUGUUGCGGUUCCUUAUAUCUACGAAUGGUUAUCCAAUAAUCAGGGCAUGAUGUCCCGUGGAGAUAUUGAACUCUCCGUCAUCUCCAAGAAUUUCUUCUUCUCAUUCUUCAACCUGUUUCUUCUAUUCACAGUCUUUGGUACAGCUACGUCGUUUUACAAAUUCUGGGAACACCUACGCGAUGCAUUCAAAGAUGCUACUACGAUCGCGUUUGCCCUCGCGACGUCCCUGGAAAGCUUCACGCAAUUCUACAUCAACCUUCUGGUACUUCAGGGGCUGGGCCUCUUCCCAUUCCGGCUGCUCGAGUUUGGCAAUGUCGCCUUGUACCCUUUGCAGUUCUUCAGGGCAAAGACGCCUCGAGAGUAUGCUGAACUGUCUACGCCACCCAAAUUCAGUUACGGCUUUUCGAUCCCCCAGACAAUCCUGGCCCUCAUCAUCUGCAUCGUUUACAGCGUUUUCCCCAGUUCAUGGCUCAUCUGCUUGUUCGGCCUGGUGUACUUCUCUAUCGGUCAAUUUAUUUACAAGUAUCAGCUCUUGUACGCGAUGGACCACCAGCAGCACUCCACUGGUCGUGCAUGGCCGAUGAUUUGCAAUCGUGUCUAUGUUGGACUUGUGGUUUACCAACUUGCUAUGAUCGGUGUUCUUGCACUGCGAGGCGCCAUUACUCGGUCAUUACUGCUCGUGCCACUGCUGGGCUUCACGGUAUGGUUUUCCUACUGGUUUGCACGCAGCUAUGAACCCUUGAUGAAAUUCAUCGCAUUGAAAAGCAUCAAUCGUGAUAAUCCAGGAGGUGGUGAUAUCUCGCCAUCAAUCUCAUCCACCUUUUCCCCGCCAGUGGGAAUGGAUCGUGACGCUUUACCGAUUCGCAUUGGAAGUCAAGAGCUUGGUCUGCGACUGAAGAAAUACGUCAACCCAAGCCUGAUCCUACCUUUAUAUGAUGCCUGGCUCCCCGGAAGCAGCCCUGACCAAGUCAAUGGCGGCUCCCCAGCCGAGCAUCCGGACCUUGCAGACAUUGUCUCUAUCUGA